AUGUCUCUCUGCGGGCGAUAUAAAGAGAUUGGCUCUCCCAAAUUCUUGGCUCUAUCUCUCCUGUCUUCGCUCUCGUACCCUACAAUGUCAUCGCAACUCUCAGUCGCUGCUCCAUCAUUGGGAAUGACUUUCGGGGUAGCUUACAUCUGUGCAACGAUAGCCGCCAUGCAACUUUUUCGGAAUAACGACUACACAAGUCGCCAGGUCGGCAUACUGUGGAUCCUUGAUGCGCUUCAUGUUGUGCUGAAUACCCAUGCCAUGUAUCAUUAUUUAAUCGACUUGUUCGGGAACUAUGAUGGGCUGCAUCAUAUCGUUUGGAGCCUUAAUCUUCACUUACUGACCGCUAUCCUCAUCAUCAUAGGUGUCCAAGGUAUAUACAUUAUUCGGAUCUGGAAACUUGGCCGCUAUUUCCAUCGAAUUCUCCCUUGGAUUGUGGUUCUUACAUUCACAGUAGCUGUCGGAAACGGAAUUUAUUUUGUCCAAAAUAUGUACUCUGUAUCCACUUUCCAGGCGUUACCAAGGUUGAAGGGAUCAGUAUACAUCGUUCACUCGAUCCCAAUGGUUUCUGAUUUCAUCAUUGCAUUGUCUAUGUGCUACUACUUGCACAAAAGCAGGCAGGUGUCCGGCUUCUCCAAAACAUCCGACAUGGUUCUCGGUAUGAUGCGGCUCGGUGUGAUUUCAGGUUUGGCUACAAGCGCAUGCUCUUUACUAAUUCUAAUCACGUACCUGGUGUGGCCGAAUACUCUUAUUUUCUAUGGCAUUGCUUUAAUCCUUCCAAAACUUUAUAUCAACUCACUACUUGCCAUGUUAAACUCCCGGAAAUCUCGGAUGAAGGAUGCAUCGUCAGAACCAAAUGCCCCGGCGCUCACAUGUCACAACUCUGGUACUGAAGCCACACACAUCAGUAUUCCGAUGGAGAGCAGUUCUUCUUUGCAUCGCGCAAAGGAGAAUCUCGAUGUUCAAAUGAAUAAUAGUACUAGGUCGGGACAGCAAUUCAGAUUCACGCCUGGUGAUGAUUCUUUGGCCGAGGCUGAAGAUCCGGUUUUGUUCUUCUCGACAAACGUUCAUAUUCGUUUUAGUGCCCGAGGCGCAAAGGAUUUCAUUGCUUACAAAGGACACAGCCGAGUUAGCCAACCAAAUUUCGCCGCAGUUAUCUUGGCACUUAUGAAAAUGACAGCCUUGCAAUUAGACGGGAACAAAAAGAAAAAGAGAGAGACAUCCUCUACGCCAUCGCAGUUCCAGCACACCCUCAAGUUCGAGAUCGAACGUGGAGAUGAAUUUGGGUGCCAGGAAGAAGGAUACCCUUUACGGUCGAGGUGAACACUGGGUAUAAAUCCAUGAUUUAUGAGGAUACAUACUUGCGAUGAAAAAAAGGUAAGUAGUAACGAAGGAGAAAAGGUCAUUUACCAAACCCUAGCGAGCGGCGAGAUAGAAGUGGUCAGCGUGCCGUGCUCGAAAAAUGUGGAGAAGGCAGACGUGUCUGUGUGGUGAGGAACUACCCACCCACCCACCCGCCC